ACCGCACGCAGAACCCAGUCGAGCAGAAGCGCGUUGUUCGAGAAAGACAGUUUGUUGGUUUGUUUGGUCUGAUAGUUCAGUCAUGUCCACGCCACGGAAAAGGAGAGCCGCGGCAGAGAAUCUCUUUAACGAGAUUUUAAGCUCGAGUGAUGAAGACACGGGCUCCGGAUUUGAGAGUGGGUUUUCCGACGAUGAGGAGAUGUUUUUCAAUGGAAUGGAUCCGGUCCAGGAUGACCCCGGACUGGCGCAACACGAAGAGCCUGAGACUCCUACAGCAGAGCGCUCACCAGAAGCAGCCGCCAGCGAGUCUGAAUCUGAAGAAGAACAAUCAUCACAAAAGUCAGAGAGGUGGAAGAAUGUAGAUGAGGAUGAUGUUGAGCCUUUCCAACUUCAAUUCCGGCCUAACCGGAAGCCAGGAUAUCUUCUCAAGCAUACUGAAGAAUAUAGACCACUUGAUCUUUUCCAGCUGUUUUUUUCCAAGGAUGUCAUUGCAAGUCUCUGCAUUAACACCAACAAGAAUGCCAAGGUAAAGAAACAAAAAGGCAAGAAGUAUAAAUGGGAACCAGUAGAGAUUGGAGAGUUUAUGAAAUUCUGCGGAAUUCUUGUGUUUAUGGGUGUCAUUCGUUGUCCCUCAAUCCGAGAUUACUGGCGAUCAGACAAUGUGUGGCAGACACCCUUUGUGAGGAGAGUCAUGAGGAGAGAUAGGUUUCAGGCCAUCAGCUGGAGCUUGCACAUCAGCGACCCAGACAAAGACAGUGAAAAUAAUGCCAAAAAAGGAACAGCAGACUAUGACAGGCUGGCGAAGAUCAGGCCACUGAUGGAAAGCCUGAAAAUUGCUUGCAAAGCUUUUUAUCAUCCCAGGAAACACUUGUCUAUUGACGAAAGAAUGGUACCCACAAAGGCAAAGAAUGGAUUGAAGACGUACAUAAAGUCCAAGCCCCAUAAAUGGGGUUACAAACUGUUUGUCCUGUGUGACUCAGCAAAUGGAUAUACUUGUGAUUUCAUUGUCUGCACCGGUAAAAGUCCAUUCAAAUCUCUCCACGGACUAAGUUAUGAUUCUGUAGUUUCUCUUUUGAAUCCUAAGUUUCUCGGCACAGGUUACAUUUUAUACUGCGACAAUUUCUACACGAGCCCCACUCUGUUCAGGGACCUUUACGAGAUGAAGAUAGGGGCGUGUGGCACAGUGCGAGCAAACCGAUCAGGAUAUCCAAGAACCCAGGAAAACUGUCUCAGCAGAUCUUCAGAGCGAGGCAGCAUGAGAUGGAUCAGACAGGGACCCCUUUUGUUUGUGAAGUGGAUGGACACAAAAGAGGUCUCCAUCUGCUCCACCAUCCACAAGGCCUACACUGGAGAUGUGGUAUCAAGAAGGCAGAGACAACCUGAUGGAACCUGGAAAGCCCGUGAAUUUCACCUGCCAGCACCAAUCAAGGCCUACAACAAGUACAUGGGUGGAGUAGAUUUGUCCGACCAAAGGCUUCAGAACUAUACCACCCGCAGAAAGACCUACAGCUGGUAUAAAAGCUUUUUCUUCCACUUCAUGGACAUGGCUGUAGUGAACGCCUACCUGCUGUACAAAGAGCAGUGCGAAGUCAAAUCACAAAAACCCAUGUCGCACCUUGUUUUUCGGAAGAGGCUCUGUGAGGAGCUCUGUAAUGAUCAACUGAGCUCUGAUCCUCCUAAAACUAUCCCAAUGGACCACGUAGUUGAACGUAUCCAAGGGGGUCGGAGAGCGUGCAGACAAUGCAAGUUGGAAGGCAGGAGGAGUGACACUUCAUGGCAGUGUGGACGUUGUGAUGUACCACUGUGUGGAUCUGCUCCAAAGACCUGCUUCAGGAAGUGGCAUCUCCCCAGCCCUGUAAAGGCUGUAAAUUAAGUACACCGUCCACAUUCUGAGUCAUUAGAAAUGGCUGCCAUUGUGGAAAUUGUGAAAAGAGAAACAAUGAGACAAAGUCUUAGCAGUUGUGGUCAAAUUAGUAGUGGGAUACCAUUCAGUCAGCUGAGGAAUGGUACAACAAUCUGCUAGAGAAAAGGGUGCUAAAUGUAGAGUAGCAGGACUGCCACUAUCGGUGAUAUCAGUGAUUAUUUUCCAGAGUUUUUACACAAGGCCAAAGAAUAAAAAUGGACAUAACUAAACACUAACAAGAUAUGCAUAACUUCUGGAAAAAGCUGAAGUCUUUAAAAGACUAUUGCAUAAAAGAUCAUCAUGCAAAUACAAAACUAAUUUUAAAUGAAUCAAUCUUUUGAGAUUUAUGAUAAUUGGAAUCACUCAUGAUGUUGUUAGCUCUCCUGCAGACCUGUGUGUGAUAGACAAAGGUGAGUAGUAAUUGUAAUACAUUUGCUUAGUUAAAUGUAGUAAAAUUUCAGGGGAUACUCCUUCUGAGUAUUUUUAGAUGACCAUACUUUAGUCAUUCACACUGGGUUCCCAGACUUUUUGUGUUUCAGUUCAUUUUGUUCCUUUGGCUCAGCACCUGGACUGCUUUGCUGUCCUUUCACCUUGGAGCUGCAGCAUUUUAUUUUAGUCCAAAGGGAACCCAAAAGGAGAAGAGCAGUGCCUAAUGAACCUCAAUUCCUGUGCUUAGAGGUGCUAAGAAAAUCUGCUAUAAUUCUAUAGCAAACUCUGUACGUGAGGAGUUCUUGAGGCUGAUCCUUUAUUCCUGUUUUUGCUAGACCACUAUUAGACUUCUAUAAGUAAUUUUUUUACUUAGACUACUUCUACUUAAGCCAGUAUUUUGUUGAUCUAACAACAUGUAUCGGUUUAGAUUACUGUACACCUCUGUGGUGAUAGAUAUCCUGUACUAGUGAAAGUAACUCUAAGAAGCUUUUAAGAUACAUGCCAACUUUGUGGUAUAUCUGUGAUUGUGCUUUCUUGGUUUUUUGUGUGUGGUGUGGUGUUUUGUGACCAAGUGAGGUCCUUACUGUCAUGUCAGCUGUUCUAAGAAGGGUUCUUGCACCACUAAGUUUGUCACCUCUUUUGUGAAGGUUAUCGAGAUUUUACUCUGCUGUUUAGUCUUUGUACUUUUUAUAUAGUCUAUGUUCUUAUGUAUUUAGUCACUUUC